AUGGUCACAGUUCAACCACGUGCCAUUCCUCUGCCCGUCGCCACACGCGGUGUUGGUUUUACGACCGUCGCCGAGUACAGUAGAUUGAUCAGCAGUUGGGACCAAGCGACAGUUAUAGCUAUCUGCACAAUACACCAAUACUAUCGAGUGUCACUGUUUUUAUUUACCUUCAAAGUUUUUCACUCAAGGUAUGUACAGCAACGUGAGGAAUCAUUCCCUCUAUCCACGCGGUUCAUCCUCAACGACGAGUACCGUCAAGUACUUCAAACUGUUUCGCAAGUUCCAAUUAGCAUGCAUAACAUACUAUGCACAGUGGGAGUGAUCGAAGGAGAGACAGUCUUUAACAGCUACCUUCCCGACUCUGAUUUGGAUUACGGUCAAGAUGCAGCCCUAUAUCUCAAUCCUUUUAACAUCAGAGAGGCGCUCGAAAAUCUGAGCAACCCUGAGACUCCAGAACCCCAUCGCCGGAGGUUCUAUGAGCUCAACCCGCUUCCAGGAGCAAGAUGGACCGAUGAGCCCAACGUUGGACCACUACUACGGAAUGCAGAUUGGAUAUGGCCACCUGAUUAUAACGUAUCUGUGUUACAGGAAGACAUCCAUGCUUACACCAACUUAUUGACGCGUGCCGGCAAUAGACUGCCUCGGAGCUUCCUCGUCAAUUUUGAAUGGAAUGCAUAUGGAUCCAAGUCAUGCGCUACAUGCAUGUAUCCAGCUCCGUCACGCAUUCACGCUACGUUCACACGACGAGUUCAUCCAACUACAAGGAAGAAGACCAGACAACAAGAUGGAACUACCAGGGAGGUUGAAGUACCAAAUGACUAA